AUGAAAUCUGUCCGCAGCAAAGGGAAGCAUGGUUUGGCUGACAAUCCAGAUGUGAUGAAGCCGCCAUAUUUGGGGCGAUUUGAAUGUGCUAAGGUGGGAGCUGGGAGUAGCAGUUCGUUCCAUUCAGAUUUUGUUGGACAGAACGGAUCAUUGCGUCCUUGUGGAGUAGAAUCAGGAAAAUUUUGGUCGAAGAGUUCUUGUAGUUUCGUUGCCACUCCUAAGUAUGUGCAUGGUUCCACUAGUGCUCUCAAAUCUGCAAGAGAUGUGCAUAAAGCUGAAAAUGUAACUCUGAGGAAACUUCGAAGUUUUAAGCAAUUUGAUACUGUCAUCGACACUUCGGAUCAUCACUUUAUUAAUGAUAAUUCCUCCUCAAAGCAGAAUCCAAAGAGUUGGGCUAAACAAAUCCUGAAAGAGUGGAAGAUUUUGGAGAAGCAUUUGCCGGAUACAAUAUUUGUGAGAGUAUAUGAAUCAAGGAUGGAUCUCAUGAGGGCUGUGAUUAUUGGAGCAGAAGGGACUCCUUACCAUAACGGUCUUUUCUUUUUUGAUAUUCACUUUCCCAGUGGCUAUCCCGAUGUACCCCCGAACGUCCAUUACCACUCUGGAGGUCUUGAGAUCAACCCGAAUUUGUAUGACUGCGGCACAGUAUGUCUCAGUCUACUUAACACCUGGUCUGGCAGCAAAGAAGAGAUGUGGACUAAAGGUGUUUCAACAAUGCUACAAGUUCUAGUCUCCAUACAAGGGCUAAUCUUGAACGCAAAGCCUUACUUCAACGAACCUGAAUGUGAAGAUUCGAUGGGUACACCAGACGGUGAAAUGGAUGCCCAGGAGUAUAAUCAAAGUACAUUCAUUCUAUCGUUGAGGACAAUGAUGUAUACGAUAAGAAAGCCUCCAAAGAAUUUCGAAGACUUAGUUGCUGGACAUUUCUACAGCCGAGCACAUGAUAUUCUGGCAUCAUGUAAAGCAUACAUAGGAGGUGUUGAAGUUGGUUGUUUGGUCAAAGAGUUCGAAAAUAUUGGAGUAGACUGUAAGAAAUUUAGAAGACAUUUCCGCCUAUAA